GAGGGGGAUGGUGUACAACAGAAGGUAACUAUCUGGGUGGGGGUUGUCAUUGGGGUGAUGGGUAUUGAUCCUGACUGUGAUCUGAAGCAAUGCGGGAUGGUCUGGGGGCAGCGGGAGGAUGAGUAUUUGUGCUGCCAGGAUGGGGGAUGGGGGUGGUGCGUGUCCGGCUGGGAGGUGGGGGUGGGGGGGUUCCUGCCCGAGUGUGGGGGGGGGGGGGAGGGGUCGCCGCCAGCGGAAGCGCCCGCGCUGCCAUGUUGUUUGGAGGCGGCUCCGGAUGGUGGGGGCCCGGGCUCGGAGGUGAAACAAAAGCAGCGGAAGGAUCUCCCCCCCAUCCCUCCGCGGCCCACGCUCAGGCUCCGGCCUAAAGCCAUCCCUCAAGCCCGGCUGUCGGUGUGGCUUCAGCAUCGGGCUCCCAGAGUCAAGCGAGGCGGGGAGCGUGCUGCUUUCUAAAUACAAAAUAUCUGGAGUGCUUUUAGUAUUUAUUUCUCUUGGGGAGAGGGGGGGUGGAGGUGGAGUUUUCUUUUAUCCUGUUUGUCGCUGAGUGAGUGAGUGAGUGAGCGAGCAGGCGGGCGGGCUGCCAUGGAAAGAGCUGCCGAGCAGGCCUGGAACAGCUACACCUACCAGGUGAGCCAACACAGUGCCGACAUGUUGAAGAAACUCAACGGCCAGAGGAAGAACGGCGGCCGCUUCUGCGAUGUGGUGCUGCGGGUCGGCGACGAGAGCUUCCCGGCUCACAAGGCCGUGCUGGCCGCCUGCAGCGACUACUUUGAGUCAGUGUUCGGGUCGGCGGCGGCGGACGAGGCGGCGGGCCGCGAGCUGGAGAUGCACACCAUCAGCGCCAAGGUCUUCAGGGACAUCCUGGACUUCGCCUACACCUCCCGCAUCGUGGUCAGGCUGGAGAGCUUCCCCGAGCUCAUGACAGCUGCCAAGUUCUUGCUGAUGAGGUCCAUCAUCGAGAUCUGCCAGGAGGUCAUCAAACAGUCCAACGUCCAGAUCAUGGUGCCCCCAGCCCGAGGCGAUAUGAUGCUCUUUCGCCCCGCAGCUAAUGUGGACUUCGGCUUUACCCUCGAUCUUGCCGCUGCUACUUGUGCCAAUGGGACCUUUGUGGGUGAGAAUGGACACCUACUGGGGGCUGGUGAGGUCAAGGUGGGCAGCCCUGGUGCCCCUGCAGUUAGCCUGCCCUCCUUGCCUGGCUCACUGCCUGCUGUGGAUGGUUUGGUGACUUCACCUGCUGCGCCUACACUUGUGGCUGGUCAGUUCCAGGCCCCAGUGAACUCAGUGUGCACCGAUCAUGCCAAGGUUAAGAGGGGACGUGGGCGGCCUCGGAAAUCCUCCUUGCUGGAUCUGCCAUUGCUGACAGCCCCUUUGGCCAUGAGAGAUGAGGGUUUUUACCCCUGCAGCUUUUGUGGGAAAGUCUUCAAGAAUGCAAAUCGCCUGUUGCUCCACGAGGCUCAACAUACUGGGCUGAGUGUGGAGCUGGCGUCGGGGGAAAAUCAACUUCCAGGACUCAGUGAUGGUCUGCUGGCAUCUUCGAGUGGCCUCGAUCUUCCUCGUAAAAGAGGGAGAAUGCGGAAAAAUGUGGCCUGUGAGCUUUGUGGCAAAGCUUUCAGGGACGUUUACCACUUGAAUCGGCACAAACUGUCGCAUUCAGGGGAGAAGCCAUUUGAAUGUCCUAUCUGCCACCAGCGAUUCAAGCGAAAGGACCGGAUGACUUAUCACAUUCGAUCUCAUGAUGGAGCUGUGGGCAAACCUUACAUUUGCAUCAGCUGUGGAAAGGGCUUUUCCAGACCGGAUCACUUGAAUGGCCAUAUUAAGCAGGUUCACACUGCAGAGAGACCCUUUAAAUGUCAGACCUGCGAAGCUUCCUUUGCGACCAAAGACCGCCUGCGUUCGCAUUUGACAUGCCAUGAGGAAAAAGUCCCCUGUCAAGUGUGUGGGAAAUAUCUACGUGCAGCUUAUAUGACUGAUCAUGUCAAAAAGCAUAAUGAAGGACCAAAUAACAUCUGCAACAUCUGUAACAAAGGUUUUUCUACUGCUUCCUACUUAAGGGUCCAUAUUAAAACCCACCAUGGUGUCCCUCUGCCCAACUCGCACACCUCUGACCCUUGUGAAAGGCGAUGCAAGCCCCAGCCUCAGAUCACGAUUCACAAGCAAACACAGAGCGGGGAGAUGGCUUUUCACUUUGACAGAACACGCUCGUUACAAGAUGGUGAGAUGGAUGGAUUGAAAUGUCAGCAUCAGGACUCACAGGACAACUCUGACUCAUUUGGAGAUCUCUCUGACAUCAGUGACCUUAAGUCUCCUUUGAAACAUGACCAGGAUGAGUCUUUUCAAUGUGACCUCAACAAUGGAAAAGUUAAAAUGGAAGCCAAUGCCGAGCAGUAUGCUGAACCGAAGAAGUACAACUGCCCGGACUGCGGCUCAGUAUUUAAAUCCAAGUCCUAUCUGAACAAGCAUAUGCUGAAGGUCCAUGUCAAGCCCACUGCUGGUGCACUGGCUGACUUGCCCACUGGCCUAAGCUCACCCUUUUCACCCCAGCAAAACAUGUCUCUCUUGGAGUCUUUUGGGUUUCAGAUUGUACAGAAUGCAUUUGGCUCUUCUUUAGCUGAUCCUGAUCCUGGCCCAGAGCCUGAACCAAGCACUGAGGACUCUGCUGAGCAGAAGUGAGGUCUCAUCCAGGAAUAGCUUCUCAAAGUACAAAAGAUGGUCGGCUUCCAAGUAAUGGCAGUACUUAGAUUGUCCAAAUUUCUUUUUAAAAAUGACAUAGAAAACAGAACAAUGGGUGCUGGAUCUGUAACCAGCCUGGCCAUCAGACUUGGUGUUCUCCAGGACAUUUUCUUGGGUUGAAGACAGUUCGUUACCCUUUCAUAUAGAAGGUGUCAAUUGCCCACAAGUUGGAUGUAGCAGGUGUAUUUGUAGCACUCUCAGUGUGCGAAUUGGGGGUUAUCUCCAGCAGCUAAUUAUUUCCAAAGAACUGCUUUCAUAGAUGGUUGCAGUGUGUCCUUUUGGCAGACAUAACUCAUGCCAGCUAACAUGUCUGCACAAUUAAAUUAAUAAUUGGUAGGGCAGACUCGAGAGACCAAAUGGCUCACUCCUGCUCCUGUUUCUUAUGUUCUUAUGUUUUAAAAUUCUAAAAGUAUACACUAAAAAGUCAUUUAACUUCGAAAACUACAGUAUGGAAUGGCUGAGAUACAGGUGUUAAGAUCAGUUUAGUCCAAAUAUUAAGAUAUAACUCCAAAACCCAAAAAGGAACAGUUCUCUCACAACACAGUGAUUGUUGUUGGGUGCCUUCUUUAAAUAUUAACGCAAGUCAUAGAACUGUUGAGUGCUUUUGUGAAUAGAAGUGGCUAUUUGAGUCACCCAUGUGCUAGUCUGGAUGAUGAGGGAUAGUACGUUAACAUCUUAAAGGGUACUACCAAGCACUAAAUUGCUGACCGCAAUGCAUGUGUUUGCAUCAAAUACUGCUGUUUGGUACUUGUAACUAAAUUGUAAAAAACAGAAACAGAUGUUAUGAUUUCAGUACAGGAAUUAUUUGUAAACAUACCUACAAGUGCACGCACACAAUGAUGAGAGAAAAUUCCAGUUAACCUUUAGAGCAGAGCGCGCGGUCAAUUUUCAAAGUGAAUUCUACCUGCAGUCAUUAGCUGCUGAUGGAGAGAAAACCCACAUCCCUUUAUCAGCAUUUACCCUUAUUCAAGGCCCUAAUUUUUGGAAAGUUGAAUCAUAUGUUUUAAGGCUUGUGUGCUUUUUUCCCCACUAAUGCACAUGCACAUGCAAAAAUCCUUCCAUCUAAUCUAAUUUUUUAAUGGAAACUGUGUUGUAAGUUGCUAAAGAUGUAUCACUUUGCUGGGCAUUUUAACCAUUCGUUUUGUCUCCUUUGGCACCAAAUGCAGGCAGGCUUUCAGCUCUUCAGAGCAAUGAAUAACUGCACACAACAUUGGGAUGAAAGCAUUCUCUUGCCAAAUUUAUAUUGAGGAGAUUAACUUUUUGUUUUAAAAUAGAAAAAGGAACCUGUGAUAGGAGCUAGAGAUUAACAAAGUUUUGUGCACAUAUUAUGUGAAACUUAAAGUUUGUUUUUGAAGGCUUCAAGGUAGAAUGAAAACAGAUGGAACAGUAAAAAGGCUUUUCUUGUACAGGUCAAGUCUUUGGAGUCCAAAGGGACAACUGCACCAGAUCUUCAGUUAGUUAAUGGACUGUCACAUGGGGUUCUUGAUUUUUAUUCAUGUUUAUUUAUCAACUAGGAAUGGAGUUGAAGUUAAGCAAUUUGAUUUUAUUAAUAUUGUAAUGUCUUUGGUACUAAUGCCUUUGGUAAAAUUAGAGAGAAAUAGUCUUCAUACAAUUGAUGAUGAUGUUCCAAAAUCCGUAUAAUGUGAUUUCCACCUGAAGUGCGCAUUUAAAAAAAAACGAAGGUGAUUAUGCUUUGAAACUGCAGUUUGAUCAGCAUAGCAGAAGCUAUAAGAAAAGAAUGGUCAGUACUUAACAGAAUUAACUAGAGUGAGAUUAACCAUUAUCUUUACAAUAAAACGAUAGUAAACGCAGAUUAGCGUUCAGAUCUUGCCUGACCCGAAAUGAAACUGAAAUUGCAUUUUCUGUGAAUGGUAUAGUUGUAAUACAGUCAGUUCUUUAUAACACAUUGGUUGCUUUCUGGUGCAACCCUGCAUUAUAGAAAAAUUGUGCUUUAAAAAUGGCUCUUAAAGUAUUGGUGCUGUAAUCAUGUUACAGCCAACACGUGUUUUAAAACGUUGUGUUGUAAAAACAGCAUCCACAAUUAGUCGUGUCACAGCGAAUUCACAUUGACAAAACACGUUAUGACAGAAUGUCCUAUAUCAAAAUUAUUACUGCAGUCAGAAUGGGUAAUUUUGAAUCUAGGAGUUGCCUGUCAGGUGUAGGUGGUUGAGUGUUGCUGUACACUCAUGGCAAACUAAGAGGUGGCAGUGCAGUAGUCAAGUAACUUGUCUGAGAAAGUGGAUAAAUAGCCUUAAUUUCUGCUAAUUAUGCUGAUGUUCAGUCAUAUUGUCACUGUUUUUUUGACAUAGCUUAGCACCUGAAAGGAACAAUUGGGUCAUAGCAAUGUGGAGAUGGGCGAGCGAGAGAAAGAGAAGAAAAAACAUUUUUAUUUUAAUACUCUUUACAAUUCUAUUUCAGUAAUCAAAACCAGCGUUUUAAACUAAACCUAUGUUUGGGUCAAUGGCAUGCUUGAGGUGCCUGUUGAGCUUUGAUGUAGGAGACCACAUCAAUUUUGAAAGGAUCUAGGCCUGUGUAAUUUUCCAUCCAACAGCAGGAUCAGUUUCUUAUCCUUUUCAUUUGAGUUUGAAUGGGACGAAAAGUUUGUCAUGGUUAGUCCCACAUUAAAUUUAAUAUUAUGGAUACUUUGAGGGAUGUCAUAAUUUAUGUUUUGUCUUGUUUUAUAUAUGUAUAUCUAUAUAUUUGUAUAUUUGGUGAGGUUUUGUACUAGGAAAUAAGACACUUUACCACUUCGGUGACAUGCUAAUUUGGCACACUUGCUCAGGUCAGGUCUGGCACAGACCACAUGCUGCCACAAAGUGUAUCAAAAACAAACUUUUCUAUUUCCAUGUCAACUAUUUUUACAGAUUCUCUGAGUUGUGUUAUUAACUUGUAAUUCAGAGGCAUUCUACAGUAACUGGUUGAAUAUGGUGCUGAAUUCCCUUUCAUUUACUGCCGUUAUUGUAGGGCCAGCAAUCUUUUUAUUGCAUCUGUUUGGAACAUGUUAAAGGAGGCUGGAAGAACACAGCAAGCCAAUAGGUCGACUUCUCCACCUCCUGAUGCUGCCUAGCUUGCUGUAUUCUUCCAGCUUCUUGCCUGUCUACUUUAGAUUCCAGCAUCUAGUGGCUGCCUGAAUACUAGCAGCUAACUAGCAACAGGGAAGACACGUACUUGUAGUUGAGAUCAAGCAGAAAGGACAGGAGAACAAACAAACAAACAGUUUCUGUAAAGCUGCAGUGAGAUCCAGCUGUCCUCGUUGCUGUUGAUAUUUGCAGGUUCUCAGUAACUUUGGAGCUAGAACAUGGGCAUGGAGAGAAAUUUCUAUAUUUACAUUAGUUUUGGGUUGGCCUCUGCAAAAACAACCCGUCUUUUUUGACUCUAACCAGGAACAUUUUGAAGCCAGGUCUCUUGUGCUAGAUAUAGACUAUGUGUACACUACUGACUUUUUUCCUUCCUUGUCUCAAAAUCCAGAAGUUUGUGCUGAUUAUUAGCAAAAUGCUCUUCAUUGCUAAUGAAUGAAAGAUACUCUGAUAAACCCAAAAAUAUUUCCCAAUAAAUGUCCUAUUUAGGUUAAGAUUUCUGUCGGCUUGAUUACAUUUAAAAGGCUGACUUAAGUGCUUUGUUCUGUUUGAGUUUCCACCAAGUCUGAAUGUUAUUGCUUUGACCCUUAGAUACUACCUAUGUGCAUCGUGCAUAGAGUAGUUGGAGCCAGAUUGUAGUAUGGAUGUUGUGGGUCCCUCAUGAUGAACUCUGAGCUGGUAUGGAAAAAUUGGCCUCUGGUUCCUGUUCUUAAUGACUUUGUCAGUGACGUUUCCUUGAGGUAUGUACAGAAGUUGAGUAUUUAUGUUAAGUUAGACUAUGCUCUUCUUUGAAGCCCCAGAAGGUACCCCAACAAUACUGAUCCUGAAUUCUAUGCAAUGACUCUUCCAGAAAUUGCUAAUGGACUGAUCAAGUGCAGACAGAAUUGGGAUUGGCUUCAUUUGUUGCACUGCCCAUUUGGAGCUUGAUAGCCAUUCAUUGUUUACGUUUGCAUACUGAGAUAGCAAGGGACAUGAGGCUGCCCUGCAGCAGUUGAACUGUGUCCAACAAGAUCGGUGUCUUUCAUAAGGUAAGGUGAGUAUUGACACGUAGAUAAACUGCAACUCUUACGAGGACUGCAUAAAACACAGAAAUGGAAGUGUUUAAAAUCUGUAAUCCAACCUGUUCUGAGAUUAGCAGGAAUCGAAGCUGCACAGAUUUAAUUUGUAUGAACAUAUUUAGUUUCUGAGAAAUAGUGAUUUGUGGAAAUGAGAACCUCUAAACAGAAGAUGUAUUUUUUAAAAAAAUCAAACUGCCAUUCUGGAAAAAAAAGUUACUGUAGAGAUAAGCUACUGGUGGAAGCUUGUUAUUAGAAUGGAUUAAUUUGAGUUGGGAAUUAAUCUUGGGGAGGUUUAUUUGAUUUGUGUUCAAACUGCAAGAUGGCAACUUGCAAAAUUUUCAAUUGUGGAUAACAAGUUUUAGAAUGAAAGGUCCUUUACUUGGCUAGGCGAGGAAUGAACCCCACUGUGGGAAGGAGAUUUGAGAUGGGUAUAUGUUACAUCUUUAAAGUGUAUUCUUUCAAAUUAAUCAACUUCUCUUUCAAGUUUUUCUCCCUUGCUCAAAGCAAGUAAUUUGCCUUUGAGCAGAUGCCAUGUCUGUGACAAAGCAUUUAAUGGCAGGCACAAAUUGCUUAGAACAUUAGAGUCUGGGCAAAUGUAACAUAAAAGAGUUGGGUACUGUUUCUUAAAGUUGCUAUAACCUGAAUUGGGUGAAUUGCUGAGUUUUACUACUGCUAGGAUUGUUGGAUCAACAGGGUGAAAUGUUGGGUGCUGAAGAGACUUGAAAAGUUUUUUUUUCACAGGAUUGCUGUCCUUUUUGAUAUCUGUUGAGUGCUUUAUAACAGUGUGGAGUUUUCUUUUAAGCAAAUAUUUUUAUUCUGAAUUUCCCUUAAGUCUGCAAAGUGAUGUGAUUUUCACAGUGAGAAAUACUCGUGCGGUGCAUGUUUGUCAAUAUUCCUCAAGAAGAAAUAAUGAAAUUACAAGUAAAUAAAGAAAUAAUCGUAGGCAGGAACUUAAGUGACCCCAUUUCUUCCCCCCAAUAAUGUUAAAAACCAACAGUAUUUUCUAAGGAUGUUUGUUUUAAUUGCUAUGCAUUCAUGAGAUGUGAGCAUUGCUGGCUAGCCAUCAUUCUAUACCCAUCCUUAAUUGCCGUUGAAAGGGUGGUGGUGAGCUAUCUUCUUGAACUGCUGCAGUCCAUGUGGUGGAGAGACACCUAAAAUGUUGUUGGGGGGGGGGGGGAUGUUCCAGGGUAUUGAUCCAGCAGCUAUAAAAAAUAAUGAUAAUAGUUCCAUAACCUAUUAAAUAGUAUGAAGAAAAGGAAGAGAAUUGGGAUUAAACUGGGGUCAUGACUGAUCUCUGUGGUUUAAUUCUACUUCUCAUUUCUGAGUUGGUGGGUAAUAGUCACUGCAUAGAGACAAUAUUUUGGGUUUCGGAGGGACAUCUGAAAAGUAAUUUGCAAGGAUGAAUACUGUAGAUUCUCUCCAUUGAUAGAAAUUGGUCUUCAUGUUAGACAGGAUGUGAGUAGGUGGGGUCAAAAGUUGGGAAGGAGAUUGCAUGAUGUGUUGGAUAACUUCAGGUCAAUUUGCUUUCACUGUCUGAAAUGUUGACUUCUGUUGCAAUUGGCAGAACUGUUUUGGGUAAAAACAAAGCGCUCCUGUGCACUGUCUGUAGAGCAAAAUACAAGACCCAUAUUACAGAAGUGUAUAAUGUUGGAGAUGGGCUGUUUAGACCUAGACAUUUCCUUAUGGGAAUAGGACAGUUUUUGAAAAAAAAAUUGGAUAUGGUAAACACACACACACCACCAAAGUAUAUCCUUCUCUUUUUAAAUUCGACUAUUGAGGCAGAUGCUCCCAAAAUAAUGGGUGGGUCAUCCUGUAUUCUAUUCAGAUUUGUACAAGCUUGACUGUAAGAAGUUCCUGCGACUGCAGUCAAACAAUUCAUUUCUCCCUGUGUAUAUAGAUAGUUUGUCCUUUAAUGUAUCUGUGCUAUUUGUCUCUGCUACAAAGUCACAAGUUGCAAGUUUUAGCCAGUAUCUGGACAAGAAUAUUUAUCUGCCAGUUAGUACUGCUGAUGAAAAAGCAGUUGCUAUGCACAGUGGACAUCAGCCGGAGUCCAGUGGCUAGAGCUUUCCGCUUGCGUGAGAGGGAGUUCCACUCCAGAGAUUUGAAUUCUGUCUUGAGGGAGUUCUGCUGUCUCAGCUGGUUGCCUUUCAACUGACUUGGGAAUUUGACUGCUCUCUGAGGCAGAUGCAGAGAUCCUAUGUUUGGGGUGAGGAAUGGGAAAUGGUCUUUGGUAUCCUAGUUAAUGUUUAAUCAACAUUGUUGAAAACAAUUCAAUCUUCUCCAGAAUGUAUUUGUGGGCCUUGCUUUGUGCAAAAUGACUAUCUAAUUUCCCACUUUAAAACAUUUCAGAAGCAUUUCAUUAGCUACAGAGUGCUCUGGAACAUCCUGAUAUUAUUCAACACUAUAUAAAUGAAGAUCUUUCUUUCAAUCCUACAAUCCCAAUUCAUUUGUAUGUUCCCUAAGAAACCAGUGGCCAAAACAUCCCAGGGUGAAACAGCUGCUAAGUUAACUGAUGGCUUCGUUGUUAAGGACACCACCCAGUUCUGCAUUGAGCUGCACAGGUUUGUGUUUAAUUAUUGUUCAGUAUUGAAUUAGUUUUAGUAUCCUGAUGUAUGGAGGAUCAAGAAAGUAAGUUCCAUUUGUGAUUGCAACUAGAAAUUGCUUGUGUAAAAACAUAGAUGAGGUAGGAAUGUCUACCUUUUCUGUGGCUGCAAGCUGACACUUAUUGUCAAGAUUUAAUUAUGAAGACUGACAAUUUAAGCAAGGUCCAAGAGGGCUGUAGGUGCCCUUAAAAAUUUGGGGAAUGGGGGAACGGAGGUAUUGAAUCACAUUUCUUUUCUCCCUCAUUUUGUGUUAAAACCUUUGUAAAAGGAUCAGACAAUGAGCUGGUGUCAAGUGGACAAGAUAUAGUCAGCUCAACGCUGCAGUGAAGCAGAAAGCCACUGAAAUGAAUCUCGGUUGCUCUGAAUUGCCAUCUAGUGGCUGUCUGAAUACU